UAUUAUUAUAUAGAUAGCCUUGGGUCCGGUAGUCUCUAUUCACAUUACUAUUAAAUUACAAACAUGAGACGGAAAGUAGAUAAAAUUUUACAAGAAAUAUUUUACAAUGUUCAGUUUAAUAAAACUAACCACGUAAAUAACUUGAAAAAACUAAAGAAAUGUUAUGAACAGGCUAACUUUGAAGAAUUCUGGAACUCAUUUGAGUCGUGUUUUAGAGUUCCUCUCAGCAUUGCUCAACAUCAUGUAAGAAUUUUAAAUACUUUGGAAUUUGUUGCCAAAUUUAUUACCAGUUUAUACACAGUGUCAAAUGAUGAAGAAGAAGAAACAGAAUUAUGCCCCUUUCUUGUUAAAAUUUUUAACUUUAUUCUUACAAAUCAUUGUGCUAAAGAUCCAGCUGUGAGAUUUCGCAUUUGUCAUUUCUUAAAUAUUUUAUUGAAUUCUAUGGGAGAUCAAGCUUUUAUAGAUGAUGCUCUCUGUGAUAAAAUUACUGUGUCCAUGAUGGACCGUGUAUUGGAUAAGUCACCAAAAGUUAGAACACAAGCUAUUUUUGCAUUACAUAGACUCCAAGAUCCAACGGAUGAUCAAUGUCCAGUUAUAAAAAUGUAUAUGUUCCAUGCUACAAGAGAUCCAAAAGCAGAGGUUCGUAGAGCAGCAUUAAUGAGUAUGGGAAAGAAUCAAAAAACUUUGCAAGUGGCAUUAAAACGUACCAGAGAUGUGAGCGAUAAAGUACGGAAAAUGGCUUAUGAAUUCAUUAGCAAAGUUACAGUAAGAUCGUUGACUAUUACACAAAGAGAUCAAUUAUUGAAUGAUGGUUUGAAAGAUAGAUCAGAAAUAGUUAGAAAAUGUGUAGAGAAUACUCUACUACCAUCGUGGUUAAGACAUUUUAAUGGCGAUUUUAUCAGUUUAAUAAGGGCCCUUGAUGCUGAAAUUGGUACAGAUGUGUCCACAAUAGCUUUAGAAACUUUAUUCAAGAACAGUGCAUUAAACACACUAAUGGAACAAUUACCAAUAAAUAAGGAAACAAAAUUAAUCCCAAUAGAUAAACUGGGUAGUGAGAAUGUAUUGUACUGGAAAUGUUUAAUAAAACAUCUUUACCGCGAGUCUUAUACAGAACAGCUGGAGAUAAUUUUACCUGAGUUAUCUGUAUUUUGUGCAUAUAUUUCAGACUUUAUAGCAUCGAUAUCCAUAGAUCAAAAUGAAAUGUGGGUAAACGAAAUGCAAAAAUUCAUUCUUUUACAACUAUUUGAGAUAGUAACUACAUAUGAUUUAUCUGAUGAAGUUGGAAGACAAAAAUUGAAUGAAUUAAUAUGUAACACAUUAAUGAGUUCCUACUGGUCUGAAAAAAUCAUACAAUGUACAGUGACACAUUUACAGAAAGUUAUACCAGAUGUAAAUACUAGAUUAGAUGUUUUGGCUAACAUAAUCAGUGAUAUCAGAUUACCUUUGAAAGAACCUACACAAAGUAACCAAGUGUCUGAAACACAACAGCAUGACAUGAACUUGAAGAGAGCAAAACUCAAAGUGAGAUUGUUGGAACUGAAAGAGGAAGAAUAUCAAGCUAUACAAAACAAACAAUAUUUGAAGGCAGACCAAUUGAAGAAUGAAAUAGAUAAACUAAAUGAAGAAAUCAUGAAACUGUCAGAAGUACCAGAACUACCAACGGUUAUAGAAGAUAUCAAGGAAAAGAGUGAUCCAGAAACAAUGAUUAAAUGUUUAAGCAUAAUAUGCACUAUGAUGCAGUCAGUGACUUCUUUAACACCAACUCUUAGAAGUCUUAUGCAAAUAGCUAUCAAUAGUUUAGAUGAUGCCAAUGACAAUGUUCAUAUAUUGGCAAUAAAAGCAGUCAGCAUUUGUUCUAUAUUAAAUAAAGAACUGGCUAAACAGCAUAUCAUGAUGUUGUUUUUCCAAUUUUCUUUGGAACAAGAAAACCCGGAAAUUUGGAUUGUAACAUUAAAAGGAAUUUUCGAUCUUUUAUUGUUGUAUGGACUCGAAUAUUUUGAUAUUUUGGAAAAUUCAAAUGAUACUACCAGUAGGACUGAAAAAUCUCGUACUGUGAAAUUGUACACGGAAACUGACAAGGAAAUUUCUCUAUCAUCAACUCAACAAUCUAGUACAGAACAAACCAACUGUAAUUUUAUUCAAAUUUUAGCAAGAUUAUUAGACAAUGAGAAUCAAGGAUUACGAACGAUUGCUGCUGAAGGUAUUUGUAAAUUGUUAAUUAAUCAACGAAUCAGUAGCUCAAAUUUAUUAUCGAAAUUAAUUCUGUUAUGCUAUAACCCAAUGAAUGACAAUGACUUUUAUUUACGACAAUGUUUGAGCGGAUUCUUCGAUAAUUUUAUAUUACGUGUACCGGAUGCGCAAGAAAUGUUUGAAGAAGCCUAUCUGCCGACAUUACAAGUCUUAUGCAACGCACCUGAUAGCAGCCCCUUGCAGGAAAUUGAUCCCUACGAAGUGUCUAAAUUUAUGUUGAAUAUAACCAGAUAUGGGAUUAAGAAAUCUGGCACAGACAAUUGCGUUCACAAGAAUCUUGCAUUUACUAUUUUAGUGGAAGUACUGAAUCCAAAUAGUAAAAUUAAUCAAGAAGUUCUUAUUAAAUCUUUGAAAAAUUUACAUUUAGAAAUAGAUGACAACGCGUCGAAAGAAAAUUUACUCAUAGCUAUUGAUAAAAUUGUUGAAAUAGUGAAAGAUAACGACAGGCGCUUAUUCAAUCAUAUAGAGGCUUUUAAACAAAAGUUAGUAACUCCGAAUGCUGUUGACGAGCCAGAAGAUGAAGACACCGAAACCGAUGACUGAAAGUUAUCUGAUAAUUAAUAAGAAAUAUUUAUUAUACAAACAAACAAGGAAUUUUAUUCACUGUAUUUAAAUACAAUAUUUUUUAAUAAAAAAGAUUUUUAAAAUUUUUCGUUAGCUGCAAUAUCGUUUCAAAUAUUUCACAGUAGAUGGUACAGUUCGCCUGUUCCCAGAUGGUAACCACUCUAUUAGUUAUCUGGGUCAAGGGGCAAGGGGAGACGUCCACUCACCGUGCUUGACCCGAUUGUUAUGGCAACUGUUGCGGCAUGUCUUUUUUACUGGCCGAGCCACGGGACGAAGAAAGCAGACGACCAAUAAUCAAGGACAUGCCGCAACUGAGCCACCAUAAUAAUCGAACCGAGCGCGGCGAGUGGUCGUCUCCCUUUGCCCUCCGACCCGAAUAGCCAAUCCAGUGGGUACCAUGUGGGAAGAGACGCACUGUACACAAGUUUGUUUAUGGAUACUUCAAACGGCUUGCUGUCACUAUUUUGUACGGUUAUCGAAGUACUAAGCGCAGAAUUGAGUUUGAUAAUUAUGGAGAAACUUGAAAAACCGCAAAUCAUUUGCCAUAUUGAAAAAUCAGUGAAUUACUCCUUAUUCGAUGCGAAAUGGAUACCGUGCAGCGCGAAGUUUGUGGUUAUGGGCUCUCGGCCGCGUGGUAGUGGGAUUAUACAAAUUUACGAAAUUUCCAGCGGUGAAUUAAAACUCCUGAAAGAUGUUGAAAGAUCACAACCAAUAAAAUGUGGAACUUUUAAAGCCUCCAGUUUAAAGGAUAGAUACUUGGCGACCGGUGAUUUUCAGAAGACUUAAAGUCACCUUUAUUAGGGUAAACUAAAUAUCUACAACUUAGAAGAUCCUUCAAUCCCAAUUUACACAGUCAAUGCCCACAAUGAGAUUAUAAAUAGCAUUGAUGGUGUGGCUGGACAAAGUAUUGGAUGUGGAGCACCUGAAUUAGUAACUGGUUCCAGGGAUGGAAGU